AUGUCCGUGGUUCGAACCCGAACUCGACUUCUUCUGCCUAGGCUUGGACAAUCUGGCAGUCUCCCAGCCCUCGUGCUUCCUUCGGGUAUCAUGGCAGCUAAGCACCGGAAGGAUGAAUUCGAAGACCCAGGGAAACGGAUAACCUCGAAAUCGUUAAGCUCACUCCGGCGGGCUGACAACCCAGUACUUUAUCGAACGAAUCAAGUGUAUCCAACCAGAGCAGAAAGAACACAUUCCCAUGGGUUUCUCUCAACAGCCCCACCUCCGUUUCCUCUGUACAGGAAACCAGAUGAACAAAAAGUCUCCGUACUGGAUGAGGUCCGUCAGUUGCAAUCAACACCACGCCAUACCUAUCAGAAACCAGAUGAAGUUGAAAAUCGUCAACCGGAUGGUAACCAAACAAAUCGACCAACUCAACUCAGUAGAGCGUCUUCCGCUUACGAUUUAUCAAUUGGUGCCUCUGUACCAGAACUGAUUCCUUCAAGAAAGGCCCUAGAAGAGUAUAUUCUAAGCUUGGAGCGCAGUUUGCAGGCACGCGGGCGGUUUUUGAUUGACCAUGAAGAAUGGCUGAACUUGUGCCGCUCACUGGAUGAAACCAAACAUUGGUUUAAAAAUGAUGAAAAACGAAAAACUCCUGACGACUACGAGCAACGACUUUCAGCGUUGAAGUCAUUGGGAGAUGUAAUGGAGCGCCGAAUGGGGGUGGCAAACGAAGCUAUCAAAAUAUAUGAAGAAACACUUCAGCACAUUCGAGAUAUAAUCGAUAGCGAAAUGUUUCGAGGAAAACCGCUGAGUUCUGUACAACUGGAAAAACUUCAGCAACUUGUGUCCGAUCACGAAGAAUGGUUUUUUAGCGUCCUUGACCCAUCCGAGUCUGUUAUGGGAACCGGCAGCAACGGGGACACUUUGGAUUACUUUAAUGCUAAGCACCGGGGUUUGGUGGAGGCCUACGAAGAGAUUUUGCGAUCACCAAUUAGAAAUGAGCACUCACCUCUCCCGCACAGGCUCACCUGGAACCCAGCUGAAUUCCUCGUUUGUGAUGUUUUCACUCAACUGAAUGUGCUGCACCAGGCCGUCUCAUGUUUCGGUUGCUACGAUAUUCAAGGCAUCGUGAUACAUAUCUACUCGUAUUGCAUCACUCAUAAGAGCGACGUACGACAAGAAAUGACCAUGUCAAUCCCCGUUGUGGCUGGCACAGUUUCGAGCAGCGCAGGACACAGGCCAGUGGCCUAUCCUACUGGGAGUCUGCUCAUUCGGGACGAUGAAAACUUCACCAACGAAUAUAACCACAAACGAACCGUUCCCAGCGAAACCAGCAUAUUGGAAGGCGAACUUAACCAGGUAGAUCAUCAGCACCACACGCCAGCGAUACGAGGCAGCCAGCGCAGUACAAGUUCACGCAACGAGUUCUCGACGGGAACGAGAACAAUCACAAUUGUAAGACCUCAUCAAGGAGAAGAUUCUACAACCUACACUCAGACCACACAACAAACUUCGAUACCGAGGAGUGUUGAUUCACAACAGGUGACACCGUCAGAGUUGUAUGAUCAGGUGGCCUUCUACGAAAGAGUCGUUGCUGAGCAAACGUAUGAAUUGUUCAACAUCAAGUAUGAAGUCUACGCAAGUGAAGCCUUCGACACUUCCAAGCUCAACUCUCUUUUCGAGAAAUACACUCAUUUGCAAAUCAAUUUGGUUUUCACGAGGGACUUAAGUGAAUCUCUCGUUUGUGAUAUUCUACAACUGAUUGUGCUGCACACAGGCCGCCUUAUGACUCGGCACGAUAUUCGAGAUUAUAUUUUCACAAAGGAAACUACUCACAAUGUUGCUAAAAACUCUCCGACAGCCCACGACCAGUUUCGCCCUUCUUGGGGCUCAUCAGGUAGGCGCAGGCCUCGAUUUUGCUGCAACCUUAUGUUCUACUUGAAUUCAAAUUGGACUGUUUUCGAGAAAUACACUCAUCUGCUGCUACGGGUCCACGAGGAAAUCAAGAGAUUUAACGGAACCUCCCAGUACACAGCCAAUCUCCGACACGUUCUGAUGGAUGCUGAAAGUGAUCGUCGAAAGUACAACAGAUAUAGGGUUGAUGAAGUGACAGAUGCCAUAGCCAAUGUGAAAAAUAGGUUGAAAUCUGCCGUGAACGUUGUGAACAAACAUAUCGCAGAGUGCAGAUCUUGGCUUCUUGAAAAAGCUUCUACAAUUUCCAAUGGAUAUGAACAGGUAUACAGAGCCUCGAGGGAAGAUUUGGGCAAAUAUCAGGAGAAGAUUAACACAGAAUAUGAAAUUUUGAUGGAUAACUUCAACGCCUUCCUAUCCAUGGUACGGGAAAGUGAACAGCGGUCAGAGGCAUAUCCAUCGGAUCGUCACAGGCGUUCAAAUACACUUCCGCGGGUUGUCCUGCGAGAAUCAUCAAAUAUCAACCAACCAAUGAAGUGUGAUCUGUUUCUGUUAAUGUGGUCCUUCAAAAAUGCUUCCGUAGUUGAGUCUUCCCAGGAAGAAGCGUUUGAAAUAUUUUUCAUCAGCCUCGCACAAUUAUGA